AUGUCUCGUCCCGAACAUUUAGCUCCUCCUGAAAUCUUUUAUAAUGACGAUGAAGCAAGGAAGUAUACCCAAAAUUCCCGGAUGAUUAACAUUCAAUUAGAAAUGGCUGAAAGAUGUAUGGAAUUGUUGAUGUUGCCAGAAGACGAAACCUGUUUGCUAUUAGAUUUGGGAUGUGGUUCUGGUCUAAGUGGCAGUAUUGCUGAAGAUUCAGGUCAUAUUUGGUUUGGCAUGGACAUUUCAGGCUCCAUGUUAAAAAUAGCAAAAGAAAGAGAAGUCGAAGGUGAUUUAUUGUUGGCAGACAUUGGGGAUGGUGUUCCAUUUCAACCUGGUACAUUUGAUGGCGCCUACAGUGUAAGCACAUUACAAUGGUUAUGUAAUGCAGAUAAAUCAUCACAUAAACCUGCAAAAAGGUUAUACACUUUGUUUUCAACAUUAUUAGCUUGCUUGAACCGCAAUGCAAGAGCAGUAUUUCAAUUUUAUCCAGAAAAUGUACAUCAAACAGAUUUGGUUGUAUCACAAGCGAGAAAAGCUGGAUUUUUUGGAGGAUUGUUGGUUGAUUUUCCUGAUAGUACUAAAGCUAAAAAAUACUUUCUUGUUUUGAUGACUGGUGGUGCUAUGCCCAUGCCUCCAGCACUUGGAACAGACAAUUCACAAAUUAAUUAUACAUCAAAAAGAGAAAAAAUGACAAAAGGGCGUGCUUCAAAAUUAGUAAAAAAAAGUAGAGAAUGGAUCUUAGAAAAAAAAGAAAGGAGAAGACGUCAAGGAAGAAAUACUAGAGAAGAUACCAUGUACACAGGACGAUCAAGGAGUGGACGGUUUUGA